GCUUUUGUUAACCUGACAUAUUAAGUACAGUUAGCUGACAAAGCUAGCCGGCAGAAUAUAUUCGGGUAUAGUAGCUAGAUUUGCUGCUUCAUAGCUUGUCUCAUUGUUCGUGGCCGGUUCAGUGAGCUGGAAGAAAAUGGAUUACGUGAUGCUAACGGCUCACCCUAGCUGAUGCAACUUUACUCGGUCAUUGUCAUUAUACAAUCAGCUCAUUUAAACCCGUUAGUUAGCUGGCUCAGUAAUCUGGUGCAGCUAAAUAGCUAGAUUGUUGGGCGUAUGCAUAACCUUAAAUCACAACUACUGCCACGAUGAUGCUCCAGGAUGGCUCUACACAGCUUCUUUGUCUCACAGCCAGCAGCGGGGUCCCUCUUUUCACAAGAGGAGCCUCCAAACAGCUGCCCUUCUCUGUCAUAGGCUCUCUAAAUGGUGUUCACAUGUUCGGAGGUGGUCAGGGGGUAGUGUUGACCUGCUCUGAGACGCAAGAGAAUGUGUGGGGCUGCAUGGUGCUAGUGUUAGGGCUGGAUGAGCUGGUUAAUGUCCGGAAUGUUGAGAGGCUUAAAAGGGAACUCAGGUCCUGCUUCAGUCUUAUUGAUGAGCUGCUGGAGGACAAGCAGGAGGGUAUUCUGGGAAACCUUACACAUUGUGCUGAUUCACUGGUGCCCCCAAACCCCGCUCUUUUUCAGGAGGCAGUGGAUGGUUUUGCUCAGGCUGCAGACAGCGAGUUUGGUUGCCUCGUUGUUCAUGGGCGAAUUGCUACGGCAACUGAAAAGUGGUGGCGCCUCGCUCCGCAGGAAGUUGUCCUGCUUUCUGCUUUGAUACGCUCACUCUCGGCCUCUGGAUCGGCUUCUUGUGAUUACCCAAUUUUCCUUCCUCAUGGCAGCCCCACUGUAGCCCACCGUCUUCUCCGCUUCCAGCUGCUGCCCAGAGCAGACGUAUGUGUGCUGUGCGGUCCAACCCCAUCCCUACAUGGAGCUGAGACUGGGCUGGUGAGUCGUUUCUGGUCUCCCUUGGUCGAGACCCUGAGAGAGUGCCUGGCUGUUGGAGAACGCUACCUACCAGGGUCUGUAUCCCUGCGCCCCGAUGUGCUGGCACUUCUUCUCAUCAACCGCGAAACACGUCGUGCAGUCUCCUGUGUACGGACUCCCAGUUACCAUUACGAUGGUCCAUUACUCUCCAAGGCCCGCUGCUGGGAGCUGCUGAAACUCUUUUAUAUCUUCAGCACAUCACGGUACUUCACCCAGGAAGAGCCUUUAUUUGUCUCCACAGAAGAAAACGCUCAAAGAGGCAACACUGAAGACUUUCCUCUUGGAUUCUCCCACCAGCCCCAACAAUGUUAUCUAGUUACAGAGGAAUGCAAAAGCUAUGGACUUCAAACACCACAGCACCAGCUGUUUCUGCUCAUCUUACCAUCUGUGCCCACGUUUGCGCUGCGUACACUGGCUACACAGACUCUGUCUGAUAUAGUAGCAGCCACAGGGUUUUAA